UUGACAUACAACUAGUACAACUUUUAUAACUUAAGCAGCUCAAGCUAAACUACCUUUAUAAGUCAAAUGCACAUUUAAUGUACUAUAACAGAUUAGUUAAAUCAAAAACGUGUGGUAUCUCAUUCUUCAACAUCAUUUAAGUGCGGUGAACCCGACAGUAAAGUACCGAGUUAACUUGAAGCUCUAGAAAAAUAUAUUUCUUUUGAUUGCUUAUGACAAUGCAAAUAUUAGGAAUUGAAUUAAUUCCCUUAACUGAACCUUUACACCGACGGAAAGAAGCUUUGGCUGCUGCGGCAUAUUUUGCUACGUUUUCUUAUGGAGGAUACUUAGGUGCACUGUUUGGUGUAUAUCUACUGUUUACACGGUUUUGGUGGCUAACCUUAGUAUACAUAUGCUGGGUAUACUUGGACAGAAAAACUUGUGAAAAUGGCGGGCGACCCUCCGAUUGGAUCCAAAAAUGGAGCUGGUGGCGGCAUUUACGGAACUACUUCCCAACACAUACAGUACUAGUGCCAGGUUUUAAACUAAAUCCAAACAAAAAUUUUCUUUUUUGUUGCUUCCCUCAUGGUGUAAUACCUUGCGCUCCGUUCUCAUCGUUACUAUGUCCAGGAAAUAUAUUGCAAAAACUAUAUCCAGAACUGAGAAUGAAAAUUGCAGGACUGGAUAUGUACUUCAGGUUACCUAUUUCCAGAGAAAUAGGCCUGGGUAAAGGAGGGAUUUCUUGCUCGGUUAAAUCUUUGACUCACGUAUUAGCUAAACCCGAAGGAGGACAUGGAGUUAUUUUGUAUCCUGGUGGAGCAGCUGAAGCAAUGUACGCACGACCAGGGCAAUAUAGACUAGUACUGAAAGACAGAAAAGGCUUUGUUAAACUAGCUUUAAAAACUGGGGCAUCUUUGGUACCAGUUUUUACAUUUGGAGAAGUAGACCUGUUUGAUCAAGUUCAAAAUCCUUUAAUAUGUAGGUUUCAGCUAUUUGUCAAAAAACUAUUCCGUUUUACUGUUGCUUUGCCUCUUGGAAGUGGAUUUUUUCAGACGUCUUUUGGAUUGAUUCCACGACGAAAACCACUUUUCAUUGUUGUGGGACAACCGAUAGAUGUUGCUAGGGUCGAAAAUCCAACUCAAAAAGAAAUUGACGAGUUACAUCAGAAAUUCAUAAAACAAUUAGUAAAUUUGUUUGACACGUACAAAUAUGACUACUUGGUGAAUCCAGAAGCGAAAAUUCUAGAGUUAGAAUGAAUCUUUUAAAAUACUAAAGAAUAUACAUAGUAUUAAAAAAUAAUAAAUAACU